UAAUGUAAAUAUAAGCACCAGCACCUCAUCACGAAUUUUAUUUGUUACUUUCUGUGUCAUAUUAAAAAAUGAAUUUAAGUAAAAGUGAGAAACUGUUGGCUGCCAAGAAAAGGCUUAGAGAAUAUCAAUUGAGCAAAAUACAAAGUGGUUCUACCAAGCAAAAACAUCAUUCGGUGAACUUACCACCCUCACAGUGCCAAAAUGCAGAAAUCAAUAAAUCUGAUUUGGAAAUUGUAAAUAAUAUACCAACAGCAGAAAAUCCUAAAAGCAAUGCACAAGUGAUUGAUCAGGAUUUUCAAGGAAAUGAAUUAACACCUCCAGCUUCAACAACUAAUGCAGAAAAUGCAAUAAAUCAUAAAGAAUUACUUAAUUCUGUUGAAAACACUACACAAGAAACACAAGAAAUUAAUUUAAAACCAGAAAUUGAAAAGAAAAUAGAUCUAAAUGAUUUUCCAAAAGUACAGAAAGAGCAUCUUUUGGAGAUGGCUUCUGCAGUUGAAAAUAUUUUAACCAAUGAUUCUGAAUCUACAGCAACAACUCUGGACUGUGACUUAGUGUGCCGUAACCAGUUCUUAAGUUCCUAUUUAGAAGAACAAAAAAAGAUUGCUACUGAAUUGCAUAUAGAACUUAGUAAUGCUCGUAGCAGAAUUUCAGAGUUAGAAGCCAAAUUAGAAACAAGAGAAACAGAAUUUCAAACACAUUUGGCACGUGAAUUAAAUCCUUUAAAAGAGCAACUCCAAGUUCAUACUCAAACAACUGGAAUCUUAAUAGCAGAGAAAGCAGAACUCUCUGCUGCCCUUAAUCAGGCUCAACAAACUGCACGACAAAAUUCGGAAAAGGUAGAAGAAAUUACGGGAAAAUUCAAAAAUUCACAAGUUCGUGUAAUUGAAUUGGAAAAAGAGGUAACAUUUUUAAAAGGUAAUAAUGAAGAAUUAAAGAAAAAUUGUCAUCAAUUGCAAACCGAUUACGAUUCACUCGAUAAAAAAUAUUUUGAACUGAAGAAAGAAAAAGAAGAUUUAGAUUUAGAGGUAUCAGAGUUAAAACAAAAAUUAAAUUUGAAGAAAACAGAAUUAAUUGCUGUCCAACAAGAAUUGCAAGAAAAAACAGCACUACUUUCAUUAAGUGAACUUAGGAUACAACAGCUGAAAGGUACUACAUCAACGGAAGAAGAUAAACAUACAGUUAUUCUUUUGGAACAAGAAUUAGCACAAGCUAAAGAAUCUCUAAAAAUUGUUAACACUGAAAAGGAUGAAGUCAAUAAACAGUAUCAAAAUUAUGUCAAACAAUUAGAUGUGCAGCAUGCUAAGUUGUUAGACCAGAUAAAAGGCCAAAAUAAAACCAUAGAAGAUUUACAAUCAAGGGAACAGAGUUACAUACAGAGACUGUCAGAACUUGAAUCACAAAUACAACAAGAAAGAGAAAAAGUAGAAAAAUUAGCACCUUUGCAAGCAAACAAAGAUCAAAUCGAUACCCUGUUAAAAAAUAUAGAUGAACUUACAUUGGAACAAGAACGACUUCAUAUUACACUAUCAGAAAAGGAUUCACAUAUAGAAAUGUUAACAAAAGAAAUUAACGAUUUACGUGAGUCAAACAAUCAAGAAGCAGAAGUAACAAAAUUAGCCAAUGCUCUUCAGAGUGAACAAUUAGGAGCGUCGAGAGCAGUUCAUCAAAAUCGUCAAUUGAAGGAACAAUUGACUGACAUGGAAAAUGCGUUUGUUUCUCUGAGCAAUGCAAAGCUAGAUUUGACUGAGCAACUUCAAGGAGAGCGUUCUAUAGGAAGAAAAUUAAAUGCUCAAUUAAAUAAGGUAGAAAAUGAACUAGAAGAAUUAAAAGACAAACUGAAGGAAAAGGAAGCUUUACUUGAAGAACUCGAAAAAGAAAGACUUCAGAGUGCUCAAAUAGCAGAUCAAAUGCAACAUUAUCAAGCACAGUCACAUCAUGUCAAUACUUUUCAGCAAGAACUUCAAAAUGCUUUGAUUACUAUAGAAAGUUUACAAAAAGAAAAACAAGAUCUUAUACAGAAAUUACAAGAAAAGAAUCAAGAUGGUACUAUUUCCCAAACCAGUUCGAAUCCUACAAACACAAGUAAUACGUCGAUUCAAGAAACAGAAGUCAAUUUGGAGAAACAGCAAGAAAAUAAUGUUACAGUGAUGGAACCUGUUAAACAAUUAGAACAAAGAUUUAAAGAAACAAUGGAACGUGUUGCAGAGCUUACAGAAGAGAAACAAAAACUUGAACAUCUUGUUCUACAACUUCAAAGCGAAACGGAAACAAUAGGAGAGUAUAUAACAUUAUAUCAAAAACAGAGAGCAGUUCUUCAGAGUAGGGCAAGGGAACGAGAGCAAGUAUUUCGAGAGUUACUUGAUCAAAGAAAUCAACAACAAGAACAACUACAUAAAUUAAAAGUCUUAGUCAGUGAUUUUCUUAGGAAAGAGUAUAUACAUUCCAAUGGAACAGAACGUCUAAUUGAAGCAGAGACAAAUUCUAACAAUGAUGGAAGUGCAGAAAAAACGAAAGGAACGACGGAUUUGCAAACGGAUAAUAAAAAUGUUUCGGAACUUCUGGAUGUUUUAACUGAUAUCAAAGAUUGUAAGGACUGUAGUAUGUUCGAACCGAAUUUCCAUCCGUGCCCUUGGUGCUCUGGGAAAUUGAUCACAGUAUAAAGAAUAUAUCUCCUAUGUCCUAUACUUUUAGUAUAAGAUAUUAAAACAGCAUUUUUAAUUGAUAAAGAUUUGUAGAUUACAAUUGUAUAUAAGAUAAAAUUAUA